AAGCUAGUAGAAUUUCAACAUUAUGCCGGAGAAAACGACCCACAAUGCGCCCGCGUGGCUGACAGAGGAGUACGUGGAGAAAAAGUUAAGAGUCUACUUUAAGAAUGACACCUUGAAUCUGAAGAAACUGACGAUCAAGCCGGCGACAGCGAAUGGAGAGAACUACGCCAGCGUGAUGACCCGCAUCAGUGUGGAGUACAUUACGAAGGAUUCAAAGGAUAACCAGUCCGCAACCUUUCUGCUGAAGACGACCUUCGCCGACAAAGACCCGGCGGCCCAUUUGCUCAUCAACUACGGCAUUUACACCAGGGAGAUCGACAUGUACGAGCAGAUACUGCCCCGAUUGGCGGAUAUAGUGAAGAAUGAGCUCCACGAUUCUCGGAAGCUGUUUGCAGCUACUGUGGGUGUAGAUCGUGAGCGGGACUCGAUUAUGUUCGAGGACCUUUCGCUGGAGAGGUAUAAGGUUGCGUGCAGGGUGAAGAAACUGGAUCUGGAGCACACUUAUCUGGUUCUUGAGAAACUGGCAGAUUUCCAUGCAGCGGGGGCAGCUCUGGCUCAGCGGCAACCGGGAAUCUUUGAAAAGAACUACGACCGUGGAUUCUUUAACAAACAUGUACGAGGCUACGAGCCCAUCAUGAAAAAUAUCCUUAAGGCCUUGUCGCGUACCCUCGAUUUGAGUCCGGAUCUAAAGGAGCGAUACCAGGCGAAGAUUGACAGGUUAAUUGAUAAUGUAAUGGACUACGGCGAAAGAUCGACAUCUGUCGCUCCCGGCGAUUUUGUGACUCUGGCCCAUGGAGAUAUUUGGACAACCAAUGUCAUGUUCCAGUACGAUGACGAAGGUCAUCCAGUUAAUGCCAUCUUCAUUGAUUUCCAGUUCAGCGUUUGGAAUUCUCCGGCCAUCGAUCUGCAAUACUUUUUCUCAACCUCGAUCCACGAAAACCUUCGUCUGGAGCGUCAGACCGAGCUGGUCCAGUUCUACUUCUAUAAACUAGUGGUGGCUCUAGAAAGGGUGAAAUAUUCGGGUAAGGUUCCGAGUUUAUUUGAGUUCCAACAGCAGUUUCGGACCAAAGGUUUUUAUGCUGUGUUUGCGUCGUUGAUUUUUGAGCCCACUAUGGUCUACAAUGGCAAGGAGGAGCCGUCCAUAGAGCAGUUCAUGACCAGCGAUGAGAAGGGCGUGCGACUGAGGGAUGCAGUGUAUCAGACGGAGGAGAACCUAAAAAAGUUGCACCUGACUCUGCCGUUCCUUGAUCAACUGGGCUUACUAGACGAAAUGUAAGAAAAUGCUCCACACAAUAAAUAAAUGCUCCUUAUCAGUAUAAGUCAAUUAAUCAAAUUAUCACUGCUAUCUACCUAGAAAUUUAGCUUAAAAAUAGUUUCGUUAUUUUUAGCAAUUAAUUGUUUAGAAAUUUCUAGUAGUUCGCUGGCAUCAAAUGGAUAUGUAUGUAAUAAGCUCAAUGACGAUUUCUAAUAGCUAAUUCAAAUGGUUGAAUUGAAAGAUAACAGGAAUGUCAGAUAGAAUGAUAGAUAAGACUUGAAUAAUAAAUGUGUACUUACCUAACCGACGAGGUAUAAAAGCGGAACCCCACCGAUGAAAAAUCCGCAGUGUUGAUCACCAGGAAAUCAAUAGAAGCGCACAAGUGGUGCCCGCUUGGCUCACUCGCGACUAUGUGGAGCAGAAGCUGCGUUCCUACUUUAGAAAUGACUCCCUCCGCCUGGUGAACCUGGACAUCAAGCUGGCCCUUGGCAACGGGGAGAACUACUCAAGCGUGAUAACUCGCAUCUAUGUGGAGUAUACGACGGAUAAAUCAAAGGAUAAACAAUCCACCAGAUUCCACCAGAUUUGCCGACGCAGGUCCGGCGGCGCAGGUUCUCCUGAGCUACGGAGUGUACAACAGGGAAUUGGAUCUGUAUGAGCGCAUCCUGCCCCAGAUGGCGGAAGUGGUGCGAAAUGAGCUGGCAGAUUCCCGGAAACUAUUUGCAGGCACUGUUUAUGUUGAUCGGAAACGGGACUCGAUCAUCUUCGAGGAUAUGUCCCUGGAGAAUUACAGAGUGGCCGAUCGGCUCAAGAAACUGGAUCUGGAGCACACUCAUCUGGUACUCGAGAAGCUGGCCAAUUUCCAUGCUGCCGGAGCAGCCUUGGCUGAGCGCCAGCCUGGAAUCUUUGCGAAGAAUUUCGAUCGUGGAUUCUUUAACCAGCAUACCCGCGGCUACGAGCCCAUCAUGAAGAAUCUUUUGAUGGCUUUGUCCCGAUCCCUGGAGCUGGAGCCGGAUCUGUGUCAGCGUUACCAGGCAAAGAUCGAUCGACUGGUGGAGAACGUAAUGGAGUACGGAGAACGAUCGACGACCAUUGUUCCCGGUGACUUUUUGACCCUGGCUCACGGGGAUCUCUGGACCACCAAUAUUAUGUUCCAAUACGACGACAAAGGACAUCCCAUAAAUGCCAUCUUUAUCGACUUUCAGUUCAGUGCUUGGAACUCGCCGGCCAUCGAUCUACACUACUUCUUUUCAACGGCCUUGCAGGCUGAUAUUCGACUGAAGAAACAGCCAGAGCUGGUCCAGUUCUACUAUUACAAACUGAAUGCUGCCUUGAAGAAAGUCCAGUAUUCCGGAAAUGUUCCGAGCCUAUUCGUCUUCCAUCAGCAGUUCAGGAACAGAUCCUUCUAUGCUGCCUUCGCAUCACUGAUCUUUGAACCAACGAUGACGUACACGGGCAAGGAAGAGGCAUCAAUGGAUCAGAUAAUAUCCCUUUCGGAGAAGGGAAUGCGCUUUAAGGAUGACGCAUUUCAGGCGGAGGAGACCAGGAAAAAGAUGCGUCUCACUUUGCCCUUUCUUGAUCAUUUGGGUUUACUAGACGUGAUGUAAAGCGAAAAUAGUAAUAUUAUUAUCGUAAUUAUAGAUUUUAUAUUUGCUUAUAAAAUAUAAUAAAUACAAAAUAAUUUCGAUU